AAUCAUCAUCAUCAUCAUAUCAUCAUCAUCAUCAUCAUCCUCUGAUGAAGGCUCAGGAGGUGUUGGAGGAUGCUGUGGGCAGACGGGUCAGCUGUGAUGGAGAGAGAGGAACUGUCCGUUAUGUGGGUCCGGUUCCUCCCACCGCAGGUCUGUGGUUGGGAGUGGAGUGGGAUGAUCCAGAGAGAGGAAAACAUGACGGGAGUCAUGAAGGAGUGCGAUACUUCACCUGCAGACACCCGACGGGCGGCUCGUUCGUGCGGCCCAAGAAGGCCAGCUUCGGUGUGGAUUACGUGACGGCUCUGAAGCAGCGCUACGAGGUGGAGCUACAGGAGGUUAUCGGAGAAGAGCUGAAGAUCUCCAGCAGAACCGUGAUGAUGGUCGGCUUUGAGGACGUCAAGCAGAAACAGAGGCUGGAGAAGCUGACAGAAAUCGGUCUGAGGAGAUGCGAGGUGUCUGAUCCGGGUCCGGAGAAGGAGAUCAGGAACACCACACCACUGGCUCAGUCUCUGGAUCUGUCUGGGAACCUGCUGAGCUCGUGGGAGGUGCUGGCGGCGGUCACCGAGCAGCUGGAGGCUCUGCGGGAGCUGCAGCUCAGUCACAACAGACUGAGCAUCUCCAGUGAGCCGAGCCGGUUAAGCCCCGCCUUCUCCUGUCUGAGGGUGCUGUCACUCAACAGCUGCGCGCUCACCUGGACUCAGGUUCUCCACUGCGCCCCCAUGUGGCAGCACUUAGAGGAACUGUAUCUCGCUGACAAUGACAUCACAGAGUUACUGAGACCACAACGUGUGCUACAGACCUUAAAGGUUCUGGAUUUAUCCAAUAACCACAUAGUCCAGGAGACGGUGCUGGAAAUCUCACAUUUACCCUGUUUGGAGAAGCUGAAUCUGUCCAGCAGCGGUUUAUCUGUCAUUCAGUUCAGUGAUGCUUCAGCAGGUGACAAGACAGCUUUGUUUCCUGCGCUGAAGACACUUUUACUAGACGACAACAACAUUUCAGAGUGGUGUGUGGUGAACGAGCUGGAGAAGCUGUCGUCUCUGCUUCAUCUGUCCUGCAGGAGGAACCCACUGCUGCAGAGAGAGAAGAACCCGGAGACCGUGAGACAGAUCAUCAUCGCACGACUGAGCCGCCUGGAGCUGCUCGACAUGAGAAAGGUGUUGUCGGAUGAGAGGAGGGGGGCGGAGCUGGACUACUGUAAGAAGUUUGGAUUGGAUUGGCUGAAGGCCGGAGGUCACAGUGACCCGGAGAAGAAUCACCCGAACACAGAGUUCAUGAGUGAACACCCGCGAUUCCUUGCGCUCCUCCAGAAGUACGGUGCUCCGGACGAGGGCGAGCUGAAAGAACAGAAACCAUUUGCGCUAAAAAAUCAACUAUUAACCUUAACGUUCGUCUGUCCGGAGGAUUCGGAGAGGAAGCCCAUAGAGAAGAAGCUGCCAGGUAAAAGCACGCAUUAGAAACGCAGACGCGUCACGUGUUACAGAUGUUUGGGUUUU